GCUCCAUCGCCAUUACGCACGGGGUCCUUUGGACAGUGCGGAAGGGUCAAGGGAGGAAGUAAGGAACACGUUGGUAUUUUUUUAUUAUAGUAAACCAUCCAACUCAGCAGCCCGUCUCUGUCUCUAUCUCGUCCUGCUAUUUUCCUUUUCACCGCUCAAACAAACCGAACGCAAACUUCCUCCUUCCCCCGAUCCAUUUCGAUCUCAAUCUAACAAACUCAAAAUAUAAGAAAAGAAGAAGAGGUCCUUCCUCGAUUAAGAUCUUCAUUCCAAUCGGAUCCAUCUUCUACCAUUCCGACUCUCUGUCGCGGGCUUUUCUGUUUCUGAAUCCAUUCGUGUUUUGGUUGGUGCCGGCAUUAACGAUGACUUCCAGGGACGACGCCGAGGAGGCGAAUAACCUGAGGAAGCCAUUCCUCCACACGGGGAGCUGGUACAAGAUGAGUUCCCGCCAGUCCAGUAUGAUGGGCUCCUCCACCUACAUCCGCGAUGGCGCCAUCUCCGUCGUCCUCUGCGUCAUGAUCGUCGCCCUCGGCCCCAUCCAAUUCGGCUUCACCUGUGGAUUCUCUUCGCCAACUCAAUCGGAGAUCAUCAAUGACCUGCAGCUUUCAAUUUCAGAGUUCUCAGUGUUUGGUUCUUUAUCCAAUGUUGGUGCAAUGGUGGGAGCAAUUGCUAGCGGUCAGAUUGCGGAAUAUAUUGGCCGCAAAGGGUCCCUGAUGAUUGCCGCAAUUCCUAACGUAAUCGGGUGGCUGAGCAUAUCUUUUGCCAAAGAUUCAUCCUUCUUGUUAAUGGGAAGGUUGUUGGAAGGUUUCGGUGUUGGAAUCAUUUCCUAUACGGUGCCUGUGUAUAUUGCUGAGAUAGCUCCUCAGAAUAUGAGGGGAAGCCUUGGAUCUGUAAACCAGCUCUCAGUAACCAUUGGAAUAUUGCUGGCCUAUCUCCUGGGACUUUUUGUUCAUUGGAGAGUGCUUGCUGUCUUGGGAAGUUUGCCUUGUAUAAUUUUGAUACCUGGCUUAUUUUUCAUACCGGAAUCUCCUAGAUGGCUGGCUAAAAAUGGAAUGGGAGAAGAUUUUGAAACUUCUUUGCAAGUUUUACGAGGUUUUGAUACAGACAUCACUGUUGAAGUCAAUGAAAUCAAGAGAUCUGUUGCUUCAUCAACUAGACGAAAUACCAUUCGGUUUGCAGAUCUCAGACGACGGCGAUAUUGGUUUCCGUUGAUGGUAGACUGGUUUGUUUUGGGGAUUCUGUUGGUAGGAAUUGGGUUGCUUGUUCUCCAGCAACUCAGUGGCAUUAACGGGAUUCUGUUUUAUUCCACUAAUAUCUUCAAAAGUGCUGGAGUUUCUUCCAGCAAUCUGGCUACAGUUGGAGUUGGCGCAAUUCAGGUUGUUGCUACUGCAAUCACCACAUGGUUGAUGGAUAAGGCUGGACGGAGGCUGCUUCUCAUUAUAUCCACAGUCGGGAUUACUCUCAGCCUACUUCUUGUUUCAGUUGCCUUCUUUGUGGAGAGUUCAGUAUCUCCAGAUUCUAGUUUGUACGGUACAAUGGGAAUUCUGUCACUCGUGGGCCUCGUGGCUGUGGUAAUCUUCUUCUCUUUCGGGCUUGGAGCAAUUCCCUGGAUCAUAAUGUCCGAGAUCCUGCCUGUAAAUAUCAAAGGCCUGGCGGGCAGUGUCGCGACACUUGCAAAUUGGUUAGCUUCCUGGAUGGUUACUAUGACAGCAAACCUACUGUUAGGCUGGAGCACUGGAGGAACGUUUGCUAUAUACACAGUGGUGAGCUUAUUCACGGUCCUAUUCGUCACGCUGUGGGUUCCUGAAACCAAAGGAAGAACCCUGGAAGAGAUCCAGUCCUCCUUCCGGUGAAACCAAAAACAAGUUUUACUAUUUGUCUGAGAAUUAUACUAUAUAUUUGUGUUUUAUUGAAGUAUGGUUAGUCUGGGGUGGUCUGUUCCCUUGUACGUUCUCACAUGUAUGUAUCAUAUGUGUCUUCUUCCGCCCUUAAAUUUUGUGGAACUAGAUUUAAUCAUUUCCCCACUUGUUACAUAGCUUAAGAAAGCAAAAACGAAAUGUAAAACACGAAGUGAAAAGCAUUCAUUAAUUUGACAUUUUUUUAUCCAGAUUGUUCAGAGAAGUUGAAGGAGGACAGGCAAGUUUCUAAGUAGGAAGAAAGAAUCAAUCAACAAUAUGCACUCAUUAAUAUGGGUGCUACAUUUGUAAUCUGUGAUCACUGAGUCAUUAUUGUCUCGAUGCUGUUGUUGUUGUGAUCGUCGUUUGUCGUCAGUGAUCACUGAGUCGUCUUCGUCUCGCUGCUGCUGCUGCUGUUGUUAUCGGCGUCAUCCUGAUGCAGCGAUGCCAGGAUCUUGUUGAGACACUUGUUGUAGGCGCAGGGGCGUUCCAGGUGAACCAGAUGCCCGGCUUUGCUUAUGCUUUCAACUGUUGCCUUCUCUCCCAAUUGCCUUCAUGUUGUGGGCAAGCUCUAGCUGGAAGAUCUGAUCAUUCUCUCCCCACAGGAGAUGUAUCUUCUGUCGGAAGUUGGGAAUAGUUGUGUCUUUGUUGCUGAUGACCAGCCCUUCCAGGAGUUCGCCUCUUUCCUUCCUGUUACCGAACAUCACCUCGAGGAAGUCCUUGUGAAGGCGAUCGGGGAACCAGAGCUUCUUGUGAGCAGCAACCGAUAAGAGGGCCUUCAAGCCCUUAACCGAAGUGGGCAGCAGCAGCUCGGACGACGACUUGAACCCGAUCCGGCCCAGAGUCUCGACGCUGAUCGAGUCGGUCAUGGCCAGGAUCGAACCGGAAACCACCAUGGCCCGAACCAUCUCGGGGUAGAGCUCCGCCAUCUUGAACGCCACCAUGCCGCCGUAGCUGAACCCGACCACCGUGCACCUCUCCACCCCGAGCUUCCUCAGCCCCUUCACCAGCGUCUCCGCCUGGAACCUCGGCGACCGGUCGGCGCUGUCGGAGACGGAGCCGCCGAAGAAGAGGAGGUCGGGGACGUAGACGGAGUAGUUCUUGGUUAGGGCUCCAACCUGGAACUGCCACGUCACUAUCCCCUCGCCGGCGAAGCCGUGGACCAGCACCACCACGGGCUUCGUCGGCUUUUUUAGGGUUACUUCGGCCUUUUCUGGUUCCGGCUGUUGUUUUGUGGGUUUGGGGAUGGUUUCGACGGGAACCCAGAAGUUCAUCACGGUGCCGGGCUCUAUCUCCACGGUGUGGGUUUUGACGCCGGCCAUUUUCAUCAGGAGGUUCAGCAGCGGCUUCUGCGCUGCUACCAAGUUCACCAUUUUUUUCUUUUCUUUCUAUAUAUGUAUAUAUUUUGAGAUCGAUUUUUUUU